CGUCACUCACCUGCUGCCAGACAUUAAAGGGCCACACACAUAUGCUACUCUCAUAACAAAGUGUUUAAAAACGAGUAUGCAAGUUGGACAAAUGAGAUGCCAAAUCCAACCACUUUCAUGUGGUAUUGGACAGAAAGGAGGACUUUUUUUUUUUGCCUCCAUUUGAAAAUGCGGACGUUAUCAGCACCACUGUCUAAUUCCAAUCAAUGCAAGUCAUCAGAAUCAAAUACACCAACUUAUAUUCUUGUCUUCAUGAAAGAAAGGAAUCUAUGUGUGUUAAACAUGCUUGUAUUAUCAUUAAACACCAUUAACUUGUCAACAAAAAUGUCUCUUUCAUAAAUAAAUAAAUAUAAAUUAUAAAUAGGAAUGAGGUAGAUCUCCUCGACUUGGUCAAUUGAAAAGUAGCUGACCUGCAGAAAAAGUGUGAGCGCCCCUGCCUUAUAUACUCUGGACCGAGACGUUGAGUCCACGACACACAUGGCGGACAAUAACUGAUACAGUCUGCUUUGCCGGCCCAAAAGCAUUCACCGUUUUCCAUAGUCUUCCCUCGACGGCCAGGUAAUACAAAGCACAAAGUACCUUUUUUAUCACAUCCACGGGAGCUCGCAUUCUCGUUGACUCUCCUUCGACAAAUGGACGAAGUUUUUCGGUAAGUAGAAUCACUGCUGACCCGAACAUCGGAAAGUUCUCUUGCCGUUUCAGAAGUGUUGUAUCCCAAAUAGCAGCAAUCGCUUUCUCUUGAGUCAUUCAUGUGUGAUUUUCCACCAGCGUCUAAUUAUUUGUUUAAGGGGUUAUUUGGCUUAGUGUAGAUCUAGCCUCAGUUCCAUUCCCUAACACUACCCAUCCAACCCAAACCCUAAACUUCAUCCCCGUAGUCCUGAUCCAAGUCUUCAUUGACAUACGAGCAACAUGGGAAUCAUUCAGACAUUAGAACUCACGUAGCCCAUCUUUGAAUAGUAAUCGCAUCUUUAGCAGCAGGUGGUGUCUUCUGACCAGGACAGUAGAAACCAGGAACCAGGCCCGUCCCACAGGACCGGCGGCCCAAACUGUGCGCUGCCUGCUGUUAGCAAAGUGGCUAAAGCCUGGCUGCAUGGAGGGAGCCAGCUUCUCCACACCAUGGACGGCGUCUGUGCUCACCACUCCAAGAAAAUUGAACGGGAUGCCGUGGGCCAGCUGACAACGGGCGAUAGCUUGCGACGUUGUUUCCGCCAUCAGAGAAGUGCCACUCAAGAGGGAAGAAAAUGUCUGUCACACAGGGCUCUUAAAGCGGGAUGCGGUCUCCAUGGAGACGCUGGGCACGGUUCAAAGACCCCCUCCACCUUGCAUUGCGAGAAGAUACCUCAGGAAUCGCUCAGCUCCCAAGUGCCCUUAAAAUUACAGAUUAAAGUGUCAGGCCAGAGGGAUGGUCUGGGUAUCAGCAUAGCUGGAGGGAAAGGAUCUUUACCUUACAAAGACCACGAUGAGGGUGUUUUUAUUUCCAGAGUGACCAAAGGGGGACCUUCGGAAAAAGCAGGGGUCCAUGUUGGAGACAGACUCCUGGAGGUCAACAGUUUCAGCAUGCUGGGAGUGACCCACCUAGAAGCCGUCAGGGCCUUGAGGAACGCGGGGAGCUGCAUUAGGUUGAAAGUUCUGCGAGAAGCAUCGCACCCAAGGCAGGUCGGCCAAGCGGACGAUGAUACUCGGGAUGCUGAGGACGUGUCGAGCCGAUGGACGUGUAGCCGAGAUGGUGCCAAAGGCCAGCAGAAGAUGGAGGGCGGUGAUGACUGUUUGUCGGUGGUCUGCAACGGAAAUGGCAUUAGUAACUUGAAGAACGACUUAAGGUGGUCCCAGCUGGAGACUGAGGCCUUGAUGAAGAGAAACGAUUCAGCGAAUGUGGACAAACACACGAUGACGAUCCCGCGGAUAAUCCUCACUCAUCCCUCUACCUCUGAUGAAGACGUGGAGCUCUUGACACAAGGUCCCGGCAGAAACCCCCCGCACCAUCACAUCGACAUUCCAGAGAAGCGAGUACCUUCUGAAUGUUUCGACAACGCGUUCUAUCCACCUUGAACGCCUCCAGGCUUGAAAGCAUUUAAUGGACAGUGUUUGUUGUUGGUAACAAACUGCACAACAGCUUCUAUUAGUAUGAAGUGGCAUUAGACAUCUGUAAUAUUACAAUAGUAAUACUUUAUUUUGUUAAGUUGCACAGGCUGCAUAGUGUGAAGAGAUGUGCUACAAAUGUGAAAAUGUUUCCACCAUAAUUGUGUAUGAUAGCCUUUUAAUGAUGCUGGCAAUGUUAAUGAACUGCUUAUACCGAAGACUAUGAGGUGCCAAAUGGGACAACAUGACAUUUUUACAUGCAUAUUUAAAUCACCUCUAAAAUGUGUCAUUAAUUGAUUAAGUAGGUGAAUAGUGAAAUCAGUAUUAUUCAAUUGAUAAAUAAUUCAAUUUUUACAAAACCCAAAAUCAGUGAAGUUUGCACGUUGUGUAAAUCGUAAAUAAAAACAAAAUACAAUCAUUUGCAAAUCCUUUUCAACUUGUAUUCAUUUGAAUGGACUGCAAAGACAAGAUAUUUAAUGUUCAAACUGAGAAAAUAUUUUUUUUUUGCAAAUAAUCGUUAACUUAGAAUUUAAUGGCAGCAACACGUUGCAAAAAAAAAAAAAAUCCGUUCAACAGCUGCUUGAGAAAUGUUGUUCUUAAACAAUUUGCAUUUGUUCACAAAGUGGUGACCCUCGCCCCAUCCGUGUUUGUGAAUGACUGAGCAUUUCAUGGAAGCUGCUUCUACACCCAAUCAUGGCACCCACCUGUUCCCAAUUAGCCUGCACACCUGUGGAAUGUUCCAAAUAAGGGUUUGAUUAGCAUUCCUCAACUUUUCUCAGUCUUUUUUUUACUACAUGUGCCAGCUUUUUUGGAAGAUUUUGCAGGCACCAAAUUCCAUCCAUUCUUCCAUCUAUUUUCUACCACUUAUUCCCUUUUUGGGGUUGCGGGGGGCACUGGCGCCUAUCUCAGCUACAAUCGGGCGGAAGGCGGGGUACACCCUGGACAAGUCGCCACCUCAUCGCAGGGCCAACACAGAUAGACAGACAACAUUCACACUCACAUUCACACACUAGGGCCAAUUUAGUGUUGCCAAUCAACCUAUCCCCAGGUGCAUGUCUUCACGGUGGCAGAAGGGGUUAGUGCGUCUGCCUCACAAUACGAAGGUCCUGCAGUCCUGGGUUCAAAUCCAGGCUCAGGAUCUUUCUGUGUGGAGUUUGCAUGUUCUCCCCGUGAAUGCGUGGGUUCCCUCCGGGUACUCCAGCUUCCUCCCACCAAAUUCCAAUUAAGCUAAUAUUUGCAAAACAUAACAAAGUGUUCCAGUUCGUACAUUAAGUAUCUUGUCUUUGCAGUCUUUUCAAUUGAAUAUUGUUUGAAAAGGAUUUGCAAAUCAUCGUAUUCUGUUUUUAUUUAUAAUUUUUACAACGUGCCAACUUCACUGGUUUUGGGGUUUUGUCUAUUGAACACAUGAAUGGCACAUUUAAAUAUUUAAUUCCAAUUAUAACAACUUAAUUACAUAUAUAAGUCAUUGUUGUAUGAUUUAUUUACUUUUGUCACAUAUGGUCCCCUAUAGAAGAAAAUAUGCAUCUUGGAUGAAAUAAAUGCAAAGCUGGAAGACAGUA